AUGAAGUCCUUGAAGACCCUCUUCCUCCUGGCCAUGGUAAUGGCUUUGAGCAUUUCUGUGUUAGCAAUAUCUCCUGGAAACGAAGAACCAAAAAAAGUGAAAAAUCGACUCCUUUCUGAGAGAGUUGUGAUGACAUGUGACAAGUACCCAAAUGUAUGCCACAUAAAAGGCAGUGUAGGAUCUGAUUGCUGCAUGAAAAAAUGUGUGAACUUGUGGAGUGAUGGAUCCAACUGCGGGAAAUGUGGAAGGAAAUGCAGGUAUGGAAAGAUAUGCUGCGAAGGUAAGUGCGUGAAUCCAAAGAGUAACGAGAAGCAUUGUGGGAAAUGUGGCAACAAGUGCAAUGGUGAGAGUUCAUGCGUCUAUGGAAUGUGCAGCUAUGCGUAA